AAAUACUGGAGUUCAAAUUACGUGUCCUACUCCUACUGCUGUGGGUGGUUAGUCAAUACGGUUGUUUCCUUGGCAAGACCGGUAAACGAUGAUAGUGUCUUUCAGUAGGCUAUGCAUAUACCGUAGCCAUUUUCUUUAACGUUUGGUACUUUGUAUGAUUCUGAUAAACUAGUGUAGACUUAUUUAGCGAGAACAAGCUAAAUUAACACUGAGUGUCUGAAGGUGCAAUGUUAGAUUGAUGAUCAAGCGGUAUUUGUAUUGCCACGUUUGAUCCAUUUUUUCUUAUCGUGCAGUUGGCCUACACCAACGUGUCUAAAAUGCAUCGAUUUCAGUAUUUAGCGAAUCGGUACUUUGCUGCUGGCGUCUUAAAGUGGACUCCUUCUCAAUUCACCUUAAAAUCUUUGAAAGUGCCAUGCUGUGUGCAGGCCAGACAUAUAACGGAAGGAUCCAUUGAAAAAUCAAGAUUACAGCGGUUUAGUACGGCUGAGGCCACGGUGAAUGCGAGAGAAAAUGGAAAAGUGAGAGAAAAGAUCCUUACGAUGGAGACACUGAACCCGCACGUGAAAGCUGUGGAAUAUGCAGUGAGAGGACCUAUCGUCAUCAAAGCUGGUAAAAUCGAACAAGAGUUACAGCAGGGGGAAAAGAAGCCAUUCACUGAGGUCAUCAGGGCCAACAUUGGGGACGCCCAUGCUAUGGGGCAGCAACCAAUCACAUUUCUGCGACAGGUGGUGGCUCUCUGCACAUGCCCAGAAUUGCUGGACAGCCCAGCGUUCCCUGAAGAUGCUAAACUACGAGCACGACGCAUACUCCAAGGCUGUGGAGGAAAAAGCAUAGGGUCGUACAGCGCCAGCCAGGGAGUGGAGUGCAUCCGGAAGGAUGUGGCCGAAUACGUGGCGCGGAGGGACCAGGGCGUGCCCACCAGCUGGUACAAUGUUUUCCUCACCACCGGGGCCAGCGACGGCAUCAUGAGCAUUUUGAAGCUGCUGGUGUCGGGGGCGGGGCCGACCCGCACCGGGGUGAUGAUCCCCAUCCCGCAGUACCCCCUGUAUUCGGCAGCCAUCGCCGAGCUCGGGGCCGUGCAGGUGAACUACUACCUGGACGAAAGCAACUGCUGGGCGCUGGACAUCGUGGAGCUGCACAAAGCUUACCGCGCGGCCAAACAGUACUGCAAUCCCAGAGUGCUUUGCAUCAUCAACCCGGGGAACCCGACAGGUCAGGUUCAGAGCAGGAAGUGCAUUGAGGAUGUCCUGCACUUCGCCUACGAGGAGAAGCUAUUUGUGCUGUCUGAUGAGGUUUAUCAGGACAACAUCUACUCUCCCGACUGCCAGUUCCAUUCCUUCAAAAAGGUUCUGUACGAGCUGGGGCCCGAGUACUUCAACGGCGUGGAGCUCGUGUCCUUCCAUUCUACCUCCAAAGGGUACACUGGAGAGUGCGGGUUCAGAGGGGGCUACAUGGAGGCCAUCAAUCUGGACCCGGAUGUGCAGGCCCAGCUGGUCAAGCUGCUGUCCGUGCGCCUGUGCCCCCCCGUCUCCGGACAGGCCGCCAUGGACGUCAUCGCCAACCCUCCUCAGUCCGGCGAGCCCUCCUACCCACAGUUCCUUAAGGAGAAGACCGCGGUCCUCAGCUCUCUGGCGGAGAAGGCUCGGCUGACGGAGCAGAUCCUGAACACAGUGCCGGGGAUCAAGUGUAACCCGGUGCAGGGAGCCAUGUAUGCCUUCCCCCGCAUCUUCAUACCGCCCAGAGCAGUGGAAGAGGCCAAGGCAUUGGGAAUGGCCCCAGACAUGCUUUACUGCUUGCAGCUCCUGGAGGAAACCGGGAUCUGUGUUGUCCCGGGCAGUGGGUUUGGGCAGAGGGAGGGAACCUACCAUUUCAGAAUGACUAUUCUUCCAUCAACUGAGAAGCUGAAAUUGCUCCUGGAGAAGGUCCAGUCCUUCCAUAUCAAGUUUCUGGAGCAUUAUGGCGCCCUGGAGGAGGCAUCAGUAUGAGAGCGGUUUGGACUCGUCGGAACCUGGAGAAGCCCUGGAAGCAGACCUGGACUGGGUAGAGCUGGCUGUGUAGUCCCUGCCAGAUAGUGUUCAACAGACUAACUGAAGAAAAAAGUCCAAAGCUAUUUAUUUUUACAUUUUUCUCCUCCACGUACUCCGUAAACCUCACCUAGUGGACAGCCGUCCCCGUUCUCUGACUGCGAGAACACCGCACGGGUUCAAGACAUUUGUGCCUUUGCCACGCUCUGUCGUUUCAGAAAAACGGCAAAUGGGGGAGGGGGGGGGGGGCGGAAUUUAUUACACAAUGUUAACACUACAGGGCGAGCAAGCGUGCAUGAAAAGACUUACAAUUCAGAUUAUCAGAUUGCCAUUUCAGAACACUCCUGGAUUUCUGUCCACGUUUUCCACCAUUUUUAUUCUUAAACUGUCAUGUUUUUUGUGUAAAGGAUUUCCAUUUUCCAAGUUGGGCCUCACUGAGCCACAACGGUUCCUUUACCAUUCCCCUACACCCAGGCAAGUGAAGCCUCAAACCAUAGUGUUACAUUUUGCACUUUUCCAGUUUCUAAUUAAAAUAGCAGCACUCCAAAAAUUUUUACAUGAAACUUGAAAGCCUGGGUGUGUGAAGGUAAUGGUAGGAAGACUAUUCUAAAUACUGUUUACACUGUUACAAGUAAUAUUUUUUUCCUUUUUUUUUUUUUUUUUUUUUUUUUUUAGUGUUUGAUGCACUUUUGGUAUUUUGUGGUGUUUUUUAAAUAACUUUAAUAAUUGAUGAGAUUAAAGUUCUGGAUUGCAAUGAAGGGGUUAUCAACUUUCCAUCAGAACAGUGCUGAAAAUGGAACCCCCGUUAGUGUUAACUCCGAGAUAAUGUGCAGUUGAAAGGUUUUCCUGAAUUAGUUUGCAUAAGCUGUCUACUGCCAUGAUAACUUCAACUCCGCAGCAUGUUAGAGAAUUGGUUUUGAGACUAACUGUAAUCCAAAUUGCUUGGACAGCAUGUUACAUUUUAUGCAGGUGCACCCUAACCAGUUACUGUGUUGUGCUGCUUUUGAUCCAGUAUACUUUGUUCCCACUUUGUUCCCACCUUGUUCCCACUUCUCCCCACUUCUCAUAACUCAUGCAAAUGUCAAAGGGAAAUGAAUCAUCUGUUCUUUUAGCCUUUUAAUUUAAAUUUAUCAAACCUUUCCUCAUGUGGUACUGCAUUUUUCCUCAACAUAAAAUCAACUGUACACCCAUUUAGAGGACACUGUCCUGAAGUUUUUGGUUUUCUAUUCCAUGUUUUUGAAGUGAAGCAAAGACCAAGACAGAAAGUACAUUUUGUUUUCUAACCUGCAGAAUUGUUAUGAACAGACAGUAUUAGUGGAAUUAGAAAAUAGUCUUCAACCCUUCAUUGACUUUCUGAGAUGUGGAAAGUUGUUUUUAAGUUUGUACUGAAGGCAAUCGAGGAAGAAUCUGCUUGUUCUGUCAGAAUUCAGACAGCCCAAGUGAGCGGUCUUAAAUAAUGAAAUGUAAAAAUAUAUCAGAGAUCCCUUAACAAUCCCUCCGUGUUGGCUGCUUUUUAAAAAUGGAUCUUGCUGUAGAUUUUCUGUUCUUAUGAGGUGCCUUUUGUUACUGCAAUAUGGCCUUUAUCAGGUGACUCUGGGGGUGUAAGUGUCCUAAUGCAUUCUGUGUACAGUAAACACAUUACAUAUUCUUUCUGUUACUCUGAAGUAAAUAUGCCACUUCUGAAUGGUCAA